AUGGCCCAAUCUUCCUCUCUUGAUGUUCUGCUGAAGGGCAGCUCCGGCCAAAGUACGCGCGGUCUACUACGGAUCAUCAUCCUCCUUACAAUCGCUGCCGCUGCCGUGGCCAGUCGUCUUUUCAGUGUUAUUCGAUUUGAAAGUAUUAUUCACGAGUUCGAUCCUUGGUUCAACUUCCGUGCAACAAAGUAUUUGGUCCAGAAUGGCUUCUACAGCUUUUGGGACUGGUUCGAUGACCGAACAUGGCAUCCUCUGGGUCGUGUCACUGGUGGCACCCUGUACCCCGGUCUCAUGGUGACUAGCGGUAUUAUCUACCAUAUCCUUCGCUUCCUCACAAUCCCGGUCGACAUUCGAAACAUUUGCGUUCUUCUUGCCCCCGCCUUCUCUGGCUUGACGGCUCUCGCAAUGUACCUCUUGACUUGCGAGAUGUCAACCUCGCCCUCUGCCGGUCUUCUCGCCGCUGCAUUCAUGGGUAUUGCCCCUGGUUACAUCUCGCGGUCCGUCGCCGGUAGUUACGAUAACGAGGCCAUUGCCAUUUUCCUGCUGGUCUUCACCUUCUUCCUGUGGAUCAAGGCUGUCAAGAACGGAUCAAUCAUGUGGGGAGCAUUGACUGCUCUGUUCUACGGCUACAUGGUUUCAGCAUGGGGCGGAUAUGUCUUCAUUACCAACCUCAUUCCUCUCCAUGUCUUCGUUCUUCUCUGCAUGGGCCGUUACAGCUCUCGCGUGUACAUCAGCUACACCACUUGGUACGCUCUUGGAACAUUGGGCAGCAUGCAGAUCCCCUUCGUCGGAUUCCUGCCCAUCCGUAACAGUGACCACAUGUCUGCCCUUGGUGUCUUUGGACUGAUCCAGCUUGUUGCCUUUGCGGACUUUGUUCGCGGGUUCCUCCCUGGCAAGCAGUUCCAGAAGCUCCUGACUGCCAUGGUUCUGCUCACCUUCGGUCUUGGAUUCGCUGGCCUGGUUCUCCUGUCUGUCUCCGGUGUCAUUGCCCCGUGGAGUGGUCGUUUCUACUCCCUGUGGGAUACCGGCUACGCCAAGAUUCACAUCCCGAUCAUCGCGUCCGUCUCCGAGCACCAGCCUACUGCCUGGCCAGCCUUCUUCUUUGACCUGAACUUCCUGAUCUGGCUCUUCCCCGCCGGUGUAUUCAUGUGCUUCCAGAACCUCAAGGACGAGCACGUCUUCGUGAUCAUCUACGCUGUGCUUUCGAGCUACUUCGCCGGUGUCAUGGUCCGUCUGAUGCUCACUCUUACUCCAAUUGUCUGUGUCGCGGCCGCCCUGGCCCUGUCUGGUAUCCUGGACAACUUCUUGGUUAUGACCAAGCCAAACCCCGAGUCCCGGGCCAAGGCCAAUGCCGAGGACUCCAAGUCGCUCCGCUCAACCCAGAAGCCCGUUGUUGGCAUUUAUUCGUACUUCUCCAAGGCCGUUGUGACUGGUUCGAUCACUGUCUACCUGCUUCUGUUCGUUGCUCACUGCACCUGGGUCACCUCAAACGCCUACUCGUCUCCCUCUGUUGUGUUGGCGAGUCGCAUGCCCGAUGGCAGCCAGUUCAUCAUCGAUGACUACCGUGAGGCUUACUACUGGCUUCGCCAGAACACUCCCGAUAACGCCAAGAUCAUGUCCUGGUGGGACUACGGUUACCAGAUCGGUGGUAUGGCCGAUCGCCCUACGCUGGUUGACAACAACACUUGGAACAACACCCACAUCGCCACUGUUGGCAAGGCUAUGAGCUCGCGCGAGGAGGUCAGCUACCCUAUCCUCCGUCAACACGAUGUGGACUAUGUUCUGGUCGUCUUCGGCGGGUUGCUGGGCUACUCGGGCGAUGACCUGAACAAGUUCUUGUGGAUGGUGCGUAUCGCCGAAGGUAUCUGGCCCGAUGAGGUCAAGGAGCGUGAUUACUUCACUGCUCGUGGCGAGUACCGCGUCGACGAUGAGGCUACUCCCACCAUGCGUAACAGCUUGAUGUACAAGAUGUCUUACUAUAACUACCAGUCUCUCUUCCCCGCCGGCCAAGCCGUCGACCGGGUCCGUGGUACUCGCGUGCCGACUGAGAGCCCGCAGCUCAACACCCUUGAGGAGGCGUUCACCAGUGAGAACUGGAUCAUCCGUAUCUAUAAGGUUAAGGAUCUGGACAACUUUGGCCGUGACCACAACAAUGCGGUCGCCUUCGACAAGGGUCUUAAGCGUAAGCGUGCUUCCAAGAAGAAGGGUCCUCGCGUUCUGCGAACGGAGUAG